AGAAGAAGAAGACGCUUCAACUAACCCAAUAAAUAUACCUGAAACACAUAUAAAUAGGCAAAGUGGAACCGGUCAAUUAUCAAAUAUAGCACAAUCAUUCGCCGGAACAUUGCAAUCAUGGACGGCAAAUUAUGGUCGAACAGCUAGUACGUAUAUGUCUGAUAAUAUAGCAGUGCCGGCAUCUUAUGUUGCAGACAAUUUGACAGAAAAUGGCACAUUCGGUGCAACUUCGUCCCGUAACCAACAUGGAUCACUAUUUUCAACGCCGGCAAUGUCAUCAAUAAAUCCCAACAACCAUUUAACCUCUCAAUUACAAUCACCCACAAACACAAUAUAUCAUACACCCGCAUCAUUCUUUUCAAAUCUUGGUAGUAUAGCAGAACACGGCGGACCAAGCAAUUUCACAAACAACAAUAGGCAUCACCAAUACGGUUCAAUUCUAUCACAAAGCAUCGCACCUAACUUGUCACCAAUAGUUGAUGAUGAUGACAACUCGUCAUUGGAUAUGUUUGGCACGAGUUACGUUCCAAGUCAUCACGGUUCAAUCUUAAGAAGUGGAGAGAGAAGACCAUUAAAAAUCAAUUAUCCACAUCCCGAACGUACACCUUUAAUAAGAACCGUUUCAAAGAGUUCUUCAAUAACUUCUGUGCCGGUUUCAGAUAUAAUUGACAUCCCUUAUACUGUUGGAUCCACAUUUCGUCAAUCAAUCUUCAAUUCCUGUAAUAUUUUAAUAG